GGGCUGGAGCGGGCCCCGCGCCGAAGUGUCGGGGAGCUGCGCCUGCUCUUCGAGGCGCGCUGUGCGGCUGUCGCUGCCGCCGCCGCUGCAGGGGAGCCCCGGGCCCGCGGGGCCAAGAGGCGUGGGGGACAGGUCCCGAACGGGCUUCCACGGGCUCCCCCUGCCCCAGUGAUCCCGCAGCUGACUGUGACAGCCGAGGAGCCGGACGUACCCCCGGCCAGCCCAGGGCCGCCGGAGCCGGAGGGUGGCUGGCUCCCGGCCGCCGGCUCCUCGCACCUGCAGCAGCCGCGCCGCCUCUCCACCUCGUCGCUCUCCUCCACUGGCUCCUCGUCGCUGCCCGAAGACUCGGAGGACGAUCUGCUGAGCGACAGCGAAAGCCGGAGCCGCGGCAACGUGCAGCUGGAAACCAGCGAGGACGCGGGUCAGAAAAGCCACUGGCAGAAGAUCCGGACCAUGGUGAAUCUGCCCGUCAUGAGCCCUUUCAAGAGGCGGUAUGCCUGGGUGCAGCUGGCUGGGCACACGGGGAGUUUCAAGGCGGCUGGCACCAGCGGGCUGAUCCUGAAGCGCAGCUCGGAGCCGGAGCGCUACUGCCUGGCGCGGCUCAUGGCGGACGCGCUGCGCGGCUGCGUGCCCGCCUUCCACGGCGUGGUGGAGCGCGAUGGUGAGAGCUACUUGCAGUUGCAGGACCUGCUCGACGGCUUCGAUGGGCCCUGCGUACUUGACUGCAAGAUGGGCGUCAGGACUUAUCUGGAAGAAGAGCUGACUAAAGCCCGCGAGCGGCCCAAGCUGCGGAAGGACAUGUACAAGAAGAUGCUGGCGGUAGACCCGGAGGCGCCUACCGAGGAGGAGCACGCUCAGCGCGCCGUCACCAAGCCACGCUACAUGCAGUGGCGAGAAGGCAUCAGCUCCAGCACCACUCUGGGCUUCCGCAUAGAAGGCAUCAAGAAAGCGGAUGGCUCCUGCAGUACCGACUUCAAGACCACGCGAAGCCGGGAGCAGGUGAUUCGAGUCUUUGAGGAAUUUGUGCAAGGGGAUGCGGAAGUGCUGAAAAGGUAUCUGAACCGCCUGCAGCAGAUCCGGGACACCCUGGAGGUCUCUGAAUUCUUCAGGAGGCACGAGGUGAUCGGCAGUUCGCUGCUCUUCGUGCACGAUCACUGCCAUCGCGCCGGUGUGUGGCUCAUUGACUUCGGCAAGACCACGCCCCUCCCUGACGGCCAGACCCUGGACCACCGGCGGCCCUGGGAGGAGGGCAACCGUGAGGACGGCUACUUACUGGGGCUGGACAAUCUCAUUAGCAUCCUGGCCAGCCUGGCUGAGAGAUGAGACUGGGUCCUGGUUCUGACAGAUGGACCUGCGGCUGCGUCCACACCAUGCAUGCCAGCCAGAGACUGAAACCCUGAGGUGCAGGGAGGUUCACACGGUUCUGAAGGUCAAGUCCCAACCACUAUGGGACACACUGCACGUGUUGGGGGCUGUCUGCCCUACAAGCCCCAGAGUUCCCAGAACCUUUGGCACUAAUUAACCCAGGGAGAGGGGUAGGGAGGGUGGCCGGGACAAUGGGCUUUUUCCUCAGCCUAGCUCUUUUGAGGCGGCUGUAUAUCUCUCUAGAGAGGCCAGAUAAUGAAUUUUAUUUCACAGGCACUAGAUCUAUUGGUCUAACCUCCCACACUACAAUGGACAGCCUUUGCCAAUAAAACUCAAAGACACCAGCUUUGGUGACUCAGACCUCA